CUGAAGUCAAACAUUCAAAAGAAUCAAAACAAUACGGCGCCGCCCUCUGUCUCUCUGUAGUAAGCUUAUCAGCUUCUUAAACGGUCUCCUCUAUUAUAUUAUGGCUUUACUUUUUCCCCUCUUUUAGCCUUCAUUUUUUCUUUUCAAAUUUCAAGUGUCUCUCUUUGGAUUUUCUGUCGGGAUUGAAGCCAUCUGCCACCUCGAAGGGAAAAUGUCUGAGCCAAAUCUAAAUACGCCGUUAAAUCCCCCAUCAUCAACUCGAAAACUCCCUGAUUUCAAGAAGUCUAUUAAGCUAAAAUAUGUGAAACUUGGGUACCACUACCUGAUUACUCAUGGAAUGUACCUCUUCCUUUCACCUCUAGUAGUCCUAAUUGCUGCACAAGUCUCCACAUUUUCUCUCCAAGACCUUUAUGAUCUUUGGGAGCAUCUACAAUAUAAUCUUAUCUUUGUUAUUAUAUGCUCUACUCUGCUUGUAUUCCUUUCAACACUCUACUUUCUCACUCGCCCUCGCCCUGUUUACCUUGUAAACUUAUCCUGCUACAAGCCUGAAGAAUCUCGGAAAUGCACAAAAAAGAUUUUCAUGGAUCAAUCCCGGAUGACUGGUACGUUUACAGAGGAGAAUCUCCAGUUUCAGCACAAGAUCCUUGAAAGAUCUGGACUUGGUGAUUCUACUUACCUUCCAGAGGCUGUCCUUAACAUCCCUCCAAACCCAUCAAUGAAAGAAGCUAGAAAAGAAGCUGAGGCUGUGAUGUUUGGUGCAAUUGAUGAGCUUUUUGCUAAAACUUCUGUGAAACCCAAAGACAUCGGUAUCUUGAUUGUGAAUUGUAGCUUGUUCAAUCCAACUCCAUCUCUGUCUGCCAUGGUUAUAAACCAUUACAAGCUUCGAGGGAAUAUAGUUAGCUACAAUUUGGGAGGGAUGGGCUGUAGUGCGGGCUUGAUUUCAAUCGAUCUUGCAAAAAAUCUUCUUAAGGUCCAUCCCAACUCUUAUGCAUUGGUUAUCAGCAUGGAGAACAUCACAUUGAAUUGGUAUUUUGGUAAUGAUCGGUCAAAGCUUGUAUCGAAUUGUUUGUUUCGAAUGGGUGGUGCUGCAAUCUUGCUUUCAAAUAGAUACUCUGACAGAAGAAGAUCGAAAUACAGAUUGGUGCACACUGUCCGUACCCACAAGGGUGCCGAUGAUAAAUGUUUUGCCUGUGUUACUCAAGAAGAAGACUCUGAAGGGAAGAUUGGUGUUAGUUUGUCGAGAGAUCUGAUGGCUGUUGCAGGUGAUGCUUUGAAGACUAACAUCACCACAUUAGGGCCUCUUGUUCUGCCAAUGUCUGAACAACUGCUGUUCUUAGCUACAUUAGUUGGAAAGAAACUUUUCAAGAUGAAAGUCAAGCCUUACAUUCCGGAUUUCAAACUGGCUUUUGAGCACUUCUGCAUUCAUGCUGGAGGAAGAGCUGUAUUGGAUGAAUUGGAGAAGAACUUGCAGCUAUCUGAUUGGCACAUGGAACCAUCAAGAAUGACACUUUAUCGGUUUGGCAACACCUCGAGUAGUUCUCUUUGGUACGAAUUGGCUUAUUCAGAAGCCAAGGGAAGGAUAAGGAAGGGUGAUAGAACAUGGCAAAUAGCAUUUGGUUCAGGGUUCAAGUGUAACAGUGCGGUGUGGAAGGCUUUGAGGACCAUAAACCCAGCAAAGGAGAAGAGCCCAUGGAUGGAUGAAAUCCACAAUUUUCCAGUAGAAGUUCCUAAAGUAUCAAACUUUUAAUUCAAGAACUUGGAGCUGCCUCUGUGAAUGGAGAACUUUUCUUCUUUCUUGUUAGGAUGUUGGGAUUCAUUUUUGCUAUCCAUGUGGGGAUGUGGGUGGUUGUUGCUUAAUCUGUGGCUGGCUGUAUGGGAUUCAAUUAUUUUAGGGUUUUGGUUAUUGCAGAUUGUCCUAUUGAGAGACCUGAUUGGUAUUUGCUGCUGGAUUAGUCAUGGCUUAAGAAUUUGGCAAUAUAUUGAUUCAUGUGUAUUUUAUGAGACCAGUUUAUUGUAGAUCUAGCUAUUCUUAUAAACGAAGAAUUGGUAGAGUUUGGUUUAAAUCUAGUUGCGGUGUUACUAAUCUGAAUUUUCUGCUCAAGUUGGUUUUGUCUUCAACACAUGUUCAUUCAUAGAUAGCUCAAACAACAAUAUUAGUUCCAACACGUUCUAUUCUUCUUUUCUUGCCAUGGUCUUUUUAAUAAGGAAGCAUAGGCAGGCAGGGAGUUACUUGGCCUGAAAUGUGGAAGAGCUUUUUAGUCCGACUCCGAGAAAAUGGACAGUCAAACCGCAGGAAGCAAUGGGUCGUCUUCUGUCUUUAGUCUCAUACGAUAUUGAGGGGAAGCAAAACUCUCAAUGGUAGUGGUGUUGCGGCCUUAAAUAUUUAUGGCCUCUUCCAUAGCCAUGUGACCCGUAACAGUUCAAAGAGACUAAUUUAUGGGCUGAUAUAUCCUUGAACUAGAAGCGUGCAAUGUAUCCCUAUAAUUUGCAACCCUGUAUUUCGUUUCCACGGUGUUUGAAUAAAAGCCUUCGUCCACCUUCAAGGAUUUAAA